CAAUUUAUUGUUGAACCUUACGAACGAAACAUUUGCUUAUUGUGUUUGAAAUUAAAAUGGAAGAUAUUCACCGUAGAGCUAUACAAAGCAACUUUGUAUCACUCGUAGAACAGACCGACCUAGAUCUCAUGGUGACUGCGCUCUAUGAGAAAGGAGUAUUUUCUGGAGAGAUGAUUGAGAAAUAUAAGGAUACGAGACUAAGUGUAAGAGAUCGCAAACGUCAGAUGUAUAUGGCUGUAAUGUUAAGGGGACCUGAUGCAUUCAGACAUCUUACAGACUCCUUGCAAGAAGCUGGGUAUUGGAACUUGGCCAGAGAUCUAGACCCUGACAGUUCUCUUCAUUUCAGGGGUCAUCAUUUCAAUCCAAGCAAGUAUAUUUCUAGACCUCAACCUCAACCUCUUUCUAAUGGAGAAAAUAGUUUCAUAAGUAUCAGGAUGAAAGACAAAAAAGCUGAUAUAGAAACACAAAAAAAUGCUAUCGAUGAAAACGGACCCCUGUUGAUAAGCAACAGUCAAGAAGGAGCUGAUAGUCAGGAAUGCGAACCAGAUGACAAUGUACCACAUUUUAAUGUAAUAAAAUCAACAAAAUUUAUUGAAGAUGAGGGAACAGAAUUCAAGUUGUACAAAACCCGUGGACCGCGUAAUAAGCGCGGCGUGUUGCUGGCGUUUAGCUACAUAAAGUUCCAGCAGGGUGUAGACGAGCACCGUUCUGGCGCCGACGUAGACGCCAAGAAGCUCAAGUACCUAUUUAGCGAGCUUGGCUUCAAAGUGUUUUCUUAUCUCAACCUCACCAAAGAGAAAACGCAGGACACGUUAAAGUUAUUGAACCAAGUGUUGGCGGGUGCGGAGUGCGCGUUCAUCGUGGUCUCCUCGCACGGGUACCAGCGCGGGGGCGCCUCCGAUGUCGAGUUCCGCUGCCACGACGGGCAGCUGAUGGGCAUAUACGAGUUCCUCGAGUACUUCAACAACGAGAGGCUGCCCGCACUCAUCGGUAUACCGAAGGUCUUCAUAUUCCAGUUGUGCAGAGGAUUGUUGGAGUUGCCCGUACUGCCGGCGGGCGGGGCGGGGGAUGGCACGCACAGGGACGGCACGGCGGGGGCGCGCGCGGGGGCGGAGGGCGGCGACCUGCCCCCCGCCCCCGCGGCCUCGCUGCAGCCCCCUCACCUGCGGCAGCCCCCCGCGCGCCUCUACUCCGAUAUGCUCAUAGCGCACUCCACGCUCCCAGGGUACGUGUCCCGGCGCGACAUCCGCGACGGGUCGUGGUACAUCCAGACGCUGUGUUCUGUGUUCGCCGAGCACGCGCACGAGUACAACGUGAACGAGCUGUUCACACUAGUGGACAUACGGCUCCGGAAACAAUUCCACGUGCAGACCUCCGCGGUUGAAUACUGGGGGUUCAACAAACGCCUCUAUUUACACCCUGGUUUAUACGAAACAUAGUAUAGGCGUUAUUUUUUACUUCGAAAGUGUAAAGGAUGUUAAAAAGUAUAAUACUAGAAGUAUUAUAAGAUUCUUUAAUAUAGUAACGUUGCUAGAAACCAAUUAAUAUGUUGUUUUACAAGAGGUCGUAUCUCAACCCGCUUUUUGAAGAACCUAAUGAAAUAACGAAUGAAUUGUAUUUAUAUAGUUGCUGAAAAAGUGUAUUUGCAUCAGCGUAAGAAAGGCUCUCAGGAUGUGGAAUGUGGCACAAGGAUUUUUAAAAUGCUGUGAAGGAACCAUAGACUUCACCGGCUUCAAAUAUAUUUAUAUUUUGAGUCGCCAGUCAAUAGUUUAAGAAACACUGAUUUACUCAUUUUAGUAUAAUAAUUAUCAUAUCAUAAUCAUGUAACGUCCUACAUAAGGUAAAAUAACAUGAUUCCUUAUUGAUAUGUACGAAUAGAAUAUGUAUCUUCAUUAUGUUUAUAUGGAAUUUUCAAGAUUGGGCACCUUUUACACUGUUUGAGAAUUUUCUUAUACUAUGAUAAUUUUAAUUUACAUUUUACAUUAAGUCGAGCCAGGACAUUUGGAACACUGCAAUGGAUUACCAGUGUUUAGAAUUCAUUUAAAGUUUUAUUGUUCUAGGUUUUAUUAUUCUUACUGUGAUUUUAUUAUACAAUACAUAUUCAUUCAUUCAUGUCUGUAAAUAAUGAUCAAGGUGGCUUAUUCUGAGAAUUCCUAUACAUGUUCUGACAUGACCACUGUGAUAACUAAAAACUUUACGAGAAAUGAGUUUAUAAUGUUGAUAAUAAUAAUAUUUCUCAAUUUUGUGGCCAUGUGUGGACAAGACUAAUUUUUAUUAGAAGAAUUUAAAAUUUAUAUUUUUUAUAUAUUUUUAAGAAAAAUAAAACACUAAAAAAUAGUUUGAAGAAUUUUUAUUGAAAGUUAGAAAAUUGAUCACAGGCAUCACUUAUUUAUUGUAAUGGCGCCAACUUGGUCACUUUAUAAGUUCUUAAAAAAAUAUUAAAUAUGCUAUUUAUUUUUAAAAACCUUUUCAUUUAAGUUGAUAAUUAUCACGGAAUAAAUAGAUUGGCUCCGUUUCUAAAAUUCUGCGAAAGAAACAGAACUAAAUAUUAAGUGGAUCAAUUAAUAAAAAAAAUCAACUGGUAAAUUUAAGUCACACCACUUUUCUCUCUGACUUAUAACAAGUUUUCUUCAGAUAUUCGCUCAAAACAGAUAUUUCAAAUAACGAAAAUUCUGCCAGAGAUAAAUCUGAAAAUUUUCAGUUUUAAAAAGAUCUUAUGUGCGCAUAUUAUGUAGAAUGUAACUUCAAAAAACUGAUCUUUUCCCUUAUUUAUUUUAAAUACGAACAUUUAGCAGAGUCGGAAUUUUUGUUAUUUGAUCAUUGUUU